AUGGCGGAAGAAAAAUUGGGAAUGGUACGCAAAAAUGACGAACGGAACAAUGUUCGUGAAGUGCGUCUGUCGCUCCCAUUCGGUGAUCUGGUGUGUAAAUGGUGGGGACCAAGCGAUGUGCGGCCCAUCGUGUGUUUGCAUGGCUGGAUGGACAAUGCCGGGUCGUUCGAUCGGUUAAUACCUCUUCUGCCAUCGGAGGUGAGCUUUCUGGCAAUUGAUCUUCCCGGCCAUGGACGAUCGGCUCACCUUCCGGUGGGCACUGCAUACCACACUCUGGAUGCGUUACGAAUUCUGCUACACCUAAUGCAGUUGUACGGAUGGCAACGGAUUUCCCUCAUGAGUCACUCGAUCGGAGCGGUGGUGGCAUUCGUGUUCGCUGGGAUUUUUCCCGAUCGUGUCGAUUUGCUGAUCUCGUUCGACAUGCUCAAGCCCUUCAUAUUGGAUCCGGACAUGUCGCUUUUUCUACUUGCCGAUGCCAUCCCCAAAUCGCUUGACUUCGAUAUAGGUUCUCCGGUUCGUCGAUCCUCCGAACCAACCUACGAAUAUGACCGGCUAGUGGAGCACAUGCAUGUCGGUUUUCAGGAAUCAAUUAGCCGCGAUGCAAGUCACUAUCUGCUUUACCGUGCACUCGAACCGGUCACCGAUCGGCCGGGUUACUUUCGGCGUCGGUUAGAUCCGCGUGUCCGGCACAACCCGGGGUUGGUUUGGUCCCACGAUCUUAACCUGGAGAUUGCGCGACGGAUAAAGGUUCCAUUUCUUUAUCUAAAAACUACCGAAACACCGAUCUUCGAAGAUCCACAGUACCAUCAGGAAACGAUCGACGUGCUCGUAGCGCACAAUGAACAGUUCGUGCAACGGACGGUCGAGGGAAAACAUCAUGCCCAUCUCUCCAGUGCGGAACGAGUGGCACCGUUGGUGCGCGAAUUUCUUGCCCAACACUGGGCGAGAGAAAAGUGUUCGCUGAGUAAAUUGUAA